AUGACCGGCCUGCAUGACGAGCGCGCGACGAGCGAACCCCGGAGAUCCAAGCGGUCCAGGCCGGAGGCGAAGGCGGCGGAGCCUCCGGCACGCCGGGCCAAGCGCGCCGAGGGCCAGGUUCCUCUGCGCAAGCGCGAGUCUGCGAGGCUUGCGCGACCACCCCGCCCCCUGGACCUGGACCUGGACCUGGACUCGGAGGGUGCGGUCGCGUCGCCUCCUCCUCCUUCUCCUCCAGCACCCCGCGCCGAGACCCCGGCCCCUCCGCCCAAGCGUCCAGCGGCGAGGGUUGCGCGACCAUCUUCGCCCCCUUACGGCCAUCGGGAUUCGGCGGAUGUGACCAUGGUUGCUCCUCCGCCCAAGCCCGAGCACUCCGUCCCCCCUAAUUGGCAUCGCACCGCGUACAGACUCCACAACCGCGUCGUCCGGGAUACCAGCAACCGCAAGCCCGCCCCCAGUCGCUACGACAACGGGAUAGAAAUUAAGCAUGAUCCAACAUGGCAAACUCCGACGUGUGCACGUGUGGCUUUGGAACACUACAACAACAUGAAUCAGGGGGAUGAGCAUGAGAUGGUUAAACCAGUGAGCAGCCAUGUCUUUGUCUUCAAUGGUAUCUGGUUCCAUGCAAAUUUCCUUGCCAAGCGAAAAGGAGCCACCAACUUUGUUGAUCUCGUCCCCAAGUACUUCUUUGCUGAAUCGGAAAUUGUGGGGACGAGGAAAAUAUCUUGUAUUUCAUGUGUUAAGCUUGACCCAGGCAAUCCCAAAAACAUUGGUGGUUGUAGCCUGUGCUCUGAGAAUAUCCUGCAUCCUGCUGGGGGUGGAUACCACGGUGCCCAACCUCGAUCUGUUCGACAUGCUCCUGGUGGCCUACAGAUUUCAUUCAAGUUCUGA